CCUAGAGCGACGCCGCAAUCGAACAGCCUAAAUUCAAUCCAAAAAAUUUCAAAACCUUUUCUCCCUUCAGCUUCACUGUUUCGGGCUUUCCGAACUUUGGAAACCCCAUACUCUGAAAACCCUUUUAAUUUCUCAGGUGACAAAGAGAACCCAAUUGUCUAACCUUCUUCCUUUCUUUGAUAUUACUUCGGAUCAUUCAGUGAUCAGAUUCACAAUGGAACAAGGAGGAGAUGGUGAUAUAAUUCCGAAAAAUGUUAUAGAUGCAGUGAAAAGAAGCCUGGUGAACGUGGAGGAGCUUAGUGUCCAUUUGCUCGAGUUCUUGUCUCUCUGUGAACCAGAUGUUCUCGCUGAAAUGGCUCCUCUCCAGCGAUCUCAAGCACUUCUGAUGCUCGCUAAGGCUACUUCGACACUCUAUACAUUGUGGUUGAGGAGUAGUGGAGUUCACCCAGAUGAUCAUCCGGUUACAACAGAGCUCGAAAGACUAAGCUUGUACCAUGAUAAACUAGAACGGUGUUUGGAUUUGAGCAAAGCACCAUUGCGACCUUCCACUACCUUGAAUUAUCGGGCGGCAACUCGUUUUAUUGAGCAUUCCUUGCCUGAUCUUACGUCCGAGCAAAGGCAAAAUAUGAGGGACAUAAGUAGAGGGGAGAGGUCAAAGAGUACCUUCUCUGAAGGUAGGAGUUCUCGAAAGAAGAGGAAAUGCCAAUCGUCAGAGAAACAAUCUGUUCGGGCUGCUGCUCAAGAAUUUCUUGAGAAAGCAGCCAAGGAGCUUCUUGGUGAUAACAAAGGUGAACUGAAAGGGCCUCUGCGGAUGGAAAGUUUGGAUGAAGAAGACAUGCCUAUGAGUUGAUUCUCAUUUUGUUCAGCUUGGUAGAUUUGAAUUACAUGUUUCAUUCAUAACACUUUGUCCACGUUUUCCUUUGGGUGCUCCCUCUUUGUAUUUAACCAGAGCAGUGGAAUUCACAUUCUUGGUUGCCAAGGAUUGAGAAAAACCUGUAAAUGUUUGAAAACCAUAGCAGAAUACUGUACAGGUUAUGCUAUAAGCAAUCCUCUCAACUAGUUUUCAGGAGUAUUUAAUAGCUAACCUGUCAUUUGGAUGGAAUAUCAGCAUUCGGUUGAUUGUUCAUCAAAAGUGGAAUUUUUUAUAUUUUAUGUAUAUUUUUUUUGUCGUUGUUUC